UCCCCGCGGGAGGCCAUGAACAUCAGCACCUGGUCCUGUCACCGGCUGGCGGCCAGUGGUCACAGCCACCUCAUUGUCCUGCACUACAACCACAGUGGGCGGCUGGCCGGCCGCGGGGGCCCCGAGGACGGUGGCGGCCUGGGCACGCUGCGGGGGCCGUCGGUGGCGGCCGGCUGCCUGGUGGUGCUGGAGAACGCGGUGGUGCUGGCCGCCAUCGCCACCCGCAUGCGGUCGCGCCGCUGGGUGUACUACUGCCUGCUGAACAUCACGCUGAGCGACCUGCUCACCGGCCUGGCCUACCUGGUCAACGUGCUGCUGUCGGGGACGCGCACCUUCCAGCUGUCCCCCGCGCACUGGUUCCUGCGGGAGGGCCUGCUCUUCAUGGCCCUGGCCGCGUCCACCUUCAGCCUGCUCUUCACGGCCGGCGAGCGCUUCGCCACCAUGGUGCGGGUGGCCGAGAGCGGGGCCACCAAGACCAGCCGCGUGUACGGCUGCAUCGGGCUGUGCUGGCUGCUGGCGGCCACGCUGGGCCUGCUGCCUCUCCUGGGCUGGAACUGCGUGUGUGCCUUCCCGCGGUGCAGCAGCUUGCUGCCCCUCUACUCCAAGGGCUACGUGCUCUUCUGCGUGGUGGUCUUCGCCCUCAUCCUGGUGGCCAUCCUGGGCCUCUAUGGGGCCAUCUUUAGGGUGGUCCGGGCCAAUGGGCAGAAGUCCCCGCGUCCUCCGGCCCGCCGCAAGGCCCGCCGGCUGCUCAACACUGUGCUGAUGAUUUUGGUGGCCUUUGUGGUGUGCUGGGGUCCCCUGUUUGGCCUGCUCCUGGCCGACAUCUUCGGUUCCAACGUCUGGGCCCAGGAGUACCUACGUGGCAUGGACUGGAUCCUGGCCCUGGCCGUGCUCAAUUCUGCCAUCAACCCCCUCAUCUACUCCUUCCGCAGCCGCGAGGUGCAGCGCGCAGUACUGGCCUUCCUCUGCUGCGGCUGUCUCUGGUUAGGCCUGCGGGGUCCUGGUGACUGCCUGACCCGGAUCACCGAGGUCCACUCCGGUGCGUCCACCACCGACAGCUCGCUAAGGACAAGAGACAGUUUUCGGGCUUCCCGAUCGCUCAGCUUCAAGAUGCGAGAGCCGCUGUCCAGCAUUUCCAGUGUCCGGAGCGUCUAGAGCUUGGACGGUCCAGCUGCCAGGAUGAACACUCUACAGACCCUCCCGGGAGAGGUGAGAAGGGACUGGACACACGAUCCUGGCCAUGCCAGCAGGUCCCAGGGUCUGUUCACGGAGCCUCCCCAUGCUGAAUGUCUGGCAGAGCAGAGAGUGGCCAGAACCAGAUCCAGAGGGUCUGGGCCUCAGUCUGGUCCUCACCUCACCUUCACCAGGACGUGAAGGGGACACACCAUGCCUGAGUUCACCAACAGGACAGCGCACUCUGGUUCCCUCUUAGUCACACGUGUGUGUGAGUGUGUGCGUGUGUGUGUCUGGGAAGGGGGUGGGGGCUUCUGUCACACUGUGCACAGUGCUCUGUGAGGGUGCUGAGAUGGAGGGGCGCCUACCCCAUUUGUCUGAAGGCAGCCACCUUGCUGAGAUGUUGCAAGAAGGAGUGGAGCUGGGGGACACACCAGUCAAUCAUCCCCCUCCAUGGUGACUUCCCCAUUGGGACAGGCAGCCCGCCCCCAUGACCUCCUGUCUCUAGCUCAGCUUCUCUGUGUAUGUGGGGAGAAUGGACCCACCCACCCCAGGUCUGGGGCAAUAUCUUGACCUGGUCCUGUAACCCCGUGGACUCACCCUUCCGUUUCUGAACCAUGGUGAUGUGCUGUGACAGGGGACCGUGGACCUCACUGUUCCAUAGUGCAGCUAAGAGCCAU